AUCCAAAUGCAGUCCAAACGUAAGGGUAACACCUAGAAGAAAUAAUACAAUUAUAAUAAUCCUCAUAUAUUUUAGAAGGAGAACAAACUCUAUGUAUAGGUUACAUUCCAAAGUUAACAUUAAAACCUCCUUUUAUUUCCUGUAGAAUCAUGAACAAGUUCCUGCCAUUAGUGUUACUAUGCUACUUAUGUUCGGCUACACUCAUCAUUAUCGAUGCCAGCGAAGCUAAUGGGACUGUCUUGCAUAGAAACAGAAGAUAUCUAGCAUUUAUGAAUACAACGAGAUUCUUUAUGAAAGUAAAUUUCAAAGUGAACUCAGUCCCCUGGAACCAGCUGUUCGCUCAAGCAGUAGGGUUCCGCAUGAACUGGGACGAUCCCCCGGACUCGUACCGAUAUCCACGGAUCUACAGAAGGGAUGUUUACGACCAUGUCGAGACAUUGCUGGACAGGAACGGGCUGGUCGGCUUCCACUGCGUACGGCGCGCCAUCUGCGAAAUCCAAAUGAUACAGAACCCGAACAUCUACCACAAACUCCUUAAAAUGCUGUUUAGAAAAAUAUCAUCAACCACAGAACGCUGGCAUAACUCGUCGCCUGAAGAAUGCUAUACGUCACUGUCAUCAUGUCCCUUGUCACUGCUGGCCGUAUCACCUUACACCGACAUUAGUUAAUGUCAAAAUAUUCGUAAUUUACUGGAGUGGCUCUAAAGUGAAGGGUUAUGACUAACACUGGCUGGUUGGUUACGGUCAAAUGUUUUCAACAAUGAAAUGUUCUUUUUCAUUCUUCUUUUUUGAAUUUGAAUGAUUGUACGUUCUUAUUCAUUUGUA